CUCUGGGCCUGAUAUUGGGCUGAUGGGAAUUUAAGUUGCUGAUAAACUGACCCAUUAGUUUAUUGGGCUUCUUGGAUUAUACCAAAUAGGGCCAGAGUCACCUAGCAACCUAUAGGGCCAUUUUCGUCAUUUACCACGCCAGGAACUCAUUUGGGCGGGAAAAUGCGCCUCGUCUUACCGCGCGGCAUAUCAAUAAACAGCUAAACUAGGGAGCUAUCAGAUCUUAGCGGAAUUCAUUUUGCAGCUUUUAACAACUCAGGCGGCCGCUCCUCCGCUUUCCUCUUCUCUCAAGUAAACGGCCGGAGCAAUGAACGGCGAGAACCGGCGGCGGGACGGCUGGGACUACGGCCGGACGCAGAAGAAGCAGAAGCUGCUCCGCACCGCCGAGGAAGAGCUCGAGGCGAAGCUAGGGUUCGAUCUCUUCACCGAGGGCGACAAGCGCCUCGGAUGGUUACUCACUUUUGCUGCCUCAUCAGUAGAGGAUCAGGAGACUGGGAAAUCAUAUAGCUGUGUCGAUCUUUACUUCGUGACUCAGGAUGGUUCCUCUUUCAAGGCGAAGAAAAAGUUCCGUCCCUAUUUCUACGCAGCCACAAAGGGAAAUAUGGACAUGGAUGUAGAUGCCUACUUGCGAAGACGCUACGAAAGUCAAAUUGCAGAUAUCGAGAUCAUGGAGAAAGAGGACCUGGAUCUUAAAAACCACUUAUCAGGCUUGCGGAAAUCAUACUUAAAGAUUUCAUUUUCUACUGUUCAACAACUGAUGGAUGUAAAGAGAGACUUACUGCAAGUUGUUGAAAGGAACCGGGAAAAGUUUGAUGCCGCAGAAGCAUAUGAGUCGAUAUUGGCAGGGAAAAGAGAACAACGGCAUCAAGAUUUUAUAGAUUGUAUUAUUGAUCUUAGGGAGUAUGAUGUUCCUUACCACGUCCGCUUUGCCAUUGAUGAGGAUAUUCGAAGUGGUCAAUGGUAUGAUGUAAGCGUAUCCAGCAAUGGUGUUAUGCUUGAGAAGAGAAGUGAUCUUCUUCAACGAGCCGAGGUUCAUGUUUGCGCCUUUGAUAUUGAAACCACCAAGUUACCAUUAAAAUUUCCGGAUGCAGAGUAUGAUUCAGUUAUGAUGAUAUCAUACAUGAUCGACGGACAAGGAUACUUGAUAAUUAACAGAGAGUGUGUGGGGGAAGAUAUUGAGGAUAUAGAGUAUACUCCAAAGCCAGAAUUUGAAGGUUAUUUCAAAGUGACAAAUGUUCAAAAUGAGUUAGAACUUCUAAGACUCUGGUUUGCUCACAUGCGAGAGGUCAAACCUGGUAUAUAUGUUACAUACAAUGGUGAUUUCUUUGACUGGCCAUUCCUUGAAAGCAGAGCAGCUCAUUAUGGAUUCAAGAUGAGCGAUGAAGUUGGAUUCUCAUGUGACAAGAAUCAAGGGGAAUGCCGUGCUAAAUUUGCUUGUCAUUUGGACUGUUUUGCUUGGGUCAAGCGUGAUAGUUAUCUGCCUCAGGGUAGCCAUGGCCUUAAGGCUGUUACAAAAGCAAAGUUAGGUUAUGAUCCACUGGAGGUCAAUCCUGAAGAUAUGGUGCGCUUUGCAAAAGAAAAACCUCAGAUGAUGGCCUCAUAUUCAGUUUCUGAUGCCGUUUCAACGUACUAUUUGUACAUGACCUACGUGCAUCCAUUCAUUUUCUCUCUAGCAACUAUAAUUCCUAUGUCACCUGAUGAGGUUUUGCGUAAAGGUAGUGGCACUCUUUGUGAAAUGCUUCUUAUGGUGCAGGCAUUCAUGGCAAAUGUUAUUUGCCCUAACAAGCACCAAUCUGAUCCAGAAAAGUUCUAUAAGAAUCACCUUCUCGAGAGUGAGACCUACAUAGGCGGUCACGUUGAAUGCCUUGAAAGCGGUGUUUUCAGGUCGGAUAUCCCUACCAGUUUCAAACUUGAUCCAUCUGCAUAUGAGCAACUCAUCCAAAACCUUGAUAGAGAUCUACAAUAUGCUAUCAGAGUAGAGGGUAAGAUGGACCUGAACACUGUCUCAAACUACGACGAAGUAAAGAGUGCUAUCAUGGAAAAGCUUUUGAGCCUGAGAGACGUACCCGUACGUGAAGAGUGCCCUCUCAUUUACCAUCUUGAUGUGGCUGCCAUGUACCCAAACAUCAUCCUAACAAACCGACUACAGCCUCCAUCUAUAGUUACAGAUGAGAUUUGCACCGCAUGUGAUUUCAACCGCCCUGACAAAACCUGUCUUCGGAAGCUUGACUGGGUUUGGCGUGGAGAAACUUUUACAGCCAAAAGGAGUGACUACUAUCAUUUGAAGAAGCAAAUUGAAUCCGAGUUUGUUGAUGGGAAUAAUGGACAGCCAGCAAAAUCUUUUAUUGCACUGCCAAAAGUAGAGCAACAAACAAAACUCAAGGAGCGUCUAAAGAAAUACUGCCAGAAGGCAUACAAAAGGGUACUUGACAAACCUGUGACUGAACUUCGAGAAGCAGGCAUCUGCAUGCGGGAGAAUCCAUUCUAUGUUGACACUGUUCGCAGCUUUCGUGAUAGAAGAUAUGAAUACAAAGGACUUAAUAAGGUUUGGAAGGGCAAGUUGGCUGAAGCCAAAGCCAGUGGGAAUUCUAUAAAAAUCCAGGAGGCACAGGACAUGGUAGUGGUUUAUGAUUCCUUGCAACUAGCUCAUAAGUGCAUCCUUAACUCGUUCUAUGGAUAUGUCAUGCGCAAGGGUGCACGAUGGUACUCAAUGGAAAUGGCUGGUGUAGUUACAUAUACAGGAGCAAAGAUAAUCCAGAAUGCUCGUUUGCUUGUGGAUAAGAUUGGUAAACCGCUUGAACUAGACACUGACGGUAUAUGGUGUUGCCUGCCUGGGUCAUUUCCAGAGAACUUUACUUUUAAGACCACGGACUUGAAGAAAAAACUGACAAUCUCAUAUCCUUGUGUUAUGCUGAAUGUUGAUGUGGCAAGAAACAAUACAAAUGAUCAAUACCAGACACUCAUGGAUCCUGUCAAUAAAACUUAUGCCACUCACAGUGAAUGCUCAAUUGAAUUUGAAGUGGAUGGCCCCUAUAAGGCUAUGAUUCUUCCUGCUUCAAAAGAAGAAGGAAUUCUAAUUAAGAAGAGAUAUGCUGUUUUCAAUGAUGACGGAACUUUGGCAGAGCUUAAAGGGUUUGAAAUCAAACGUCGAGGCGAGCUCAAGCUCAUCAAAGUGUUCCAGGCCGAGCUUUUUGACAAGUUCCUUGAUGGAUCAACAAUGGAGGAAUGCUAUUCAGCUGUAGCUGCUGUUGCAAACCGCUGGCUUGAUCUACUUGAUAAUCAAGGGAAGGAUAUUGCUGACACUGAGCUGCUUGAUUACAUCUCUGAAUCUAGUACAAUGAGCAAGUCUUUGGCAGACUAUGGUGAACAGAAGUCAUGUGCAGUAACUACUGCAAAGCGUCUUGCAGAUUUUCUAGGUGGUACAAUGGUUAAAGAUAAAGGGUUGCGUUGCCAGUAUAUCGUUGCUUGUGAACCUAAGGGUACGCCAGUGAGUGAACGAGCAGUUCCUGUUGCAAUCUUUGAGACUGAUACUGAAAUUAUGAAAUUUUAUCUACGGAAAUGGUGCAAGACUCCAUCAGAGGUUGGCAUUCGAUCCAUUAUUGACUGGGAAUAUUACAAGCAACGGCUUGGUUCAGCAAUUCAAAAGAUUAUUACGAUACCUGCUGCCAUGCAGAAGGUUGCAAACCCGGUACCUAGGGUAGUUCAUCCUGAUUGGCUGCAUAGAAAGGUUCGCGAAAAGGAAGACAAAUUUCGUCAAAGGAAAUUAGUUGAUGUCUUCAAGCCAAUAAACAAAAGUGAGUUAUUUGGCAAGAAUACCAAUGAUGUCAUCACCAGCAAUGAAAUCAGUGAGAAGAAUCUGGGUGAUUUGGAGGACUUCCAGAAAAAAAGCAGUUCUUUGAAUGGACCUAGACCAAUUGUACAUUGUUAUAAAGCUCUAAAUGGGAAAUCUGUUGACAAGGCGACCGGCCCAGCAGAUUCCUUGCAUCUGCAUGCUGAUCAUAACGAAAACACAAAUGACCAGUCUGCACCUGCAAUGCAAAAUGAUCUUCCUCCGGAUAAUAUUGACAGAAAUGUUGACUAUCAAGGAUGGCUUGAGUUAAAGAAGAGGAAGUGGAAGGAGGGGAUACAAAAGAGGAAGAAACAGAGGGUUGGCCAUUCAAGAAGCUCGCAUCAGCUUAAUGGUGCUUCCCAACUGCAAAGUGGUCUGGGAAAACAGAAAGAGGCUCAUCGCAGGACUGGUGUUGGUUCAUACUUUAGAACACAUGAAGUAGCUUUAACACGAUGCCAUUGGCAGAUUAUACAACUGCUACCUGGUUCUCGCAGUGGACAAUUUUAUGCUUGGGUUGUCGUUGAUGGAAUCAUGCUCAAGAUUCCUAUAACUGUUCCAAGGGUCUUCUAUCUCAACUCCAAAGCACCAGCGACUGAAAAGUUUCCUGGAAAGCGUGUUAACAAGACUCUUCCACAUGGGAAGCAUAGCUAUAAUUUGGUUGAGGUUAUUGUUGAUGAAGAGAGAUUCAAGAAAGAAAGCAGGAACCUGGCAGCUCUUCUUGCUGAUCCAGAAUUUGAGGGGAUAUAUGAGACACAUGUCCCUCUGGAGUUCAAUGCUGUAGUCCAACUUGGAUGUGUUUGCAAAGUGGAUAAAUCUACUGCCAAAAGAACUGCCCAGGAUGGUUGGAGUCUCAGUGAGUUGCAUAUGAAGAAUACCACGGAGUGUGCUUAUUUGGAAGAGUCUAUCUCUUUUUUCUACCUCUACCAAAGCAUUUCAGAAGGGCGUGCUACAUAUGUUCUUUAUAUGCCUGCACUGCGGGUCAUAAACCUUGUGGUUGUAAACCCUUAUCAAAAUAAGGACAUAUCCCCAGCUUUUAUUGAGAGACAAUUUCGUGAAGCUUGCCAUCAAUUAUCUAUUGAGCCUCCAGCUUCCAGGAAUGAUAUUGUUUUCAAGGUGGACUACGUGGGAAUUGUCAAGGAUGCAGAAAUACUUUUGCAAGGAAAAAUUAAUGAACUCAGAGAUAAAUAUCAUGGACCUACCGUUGCUGUGAUAGAAUGCCCAAGUUCUAAUUUGAUGAAAUCAGCUGUACCAGCUCUUGAUAAUUUCCCAUGUGUCAACGUACCUUACAACGCCCAUGAUAGUCAGUAUCAGGUUCUUGGGUGGCAAAAUGUGGCUGCGAAAUUGGGAAUGCAACGCUGUGCUGCAUCAUCCCAGUGGUUGAAUGGGAGAAUUUCUCUCUCAAGAUAUGCUCAUGUGCCGUUAGGGAACUUUGAAGUUGACUGGAUUUUAUUCACUGCAGACAUUUUCUUCUCAAGGGCAUUAAGGGAUCAACAACAGGUGCUUUGGAUUUCAAAUGAUGGAUUUCCAGAUUUAGGAGGCAUCAAACAGGAACAUAGUUGCUUUGCUGAUGAGGUUCAUCAACCUGUUCUUGUAUACCCUGGAGCUUAUAGAAAAGUUUCCGUGGAGUUAAAGAUUCAAAACCUUGCUGUGAAUGCCCUCCUGAAAAGUAACCAAGUGAAUGAAAUUGAAGGAGGUGCCUUGUUAGGGUUUGAGCAGGAAUCAACUUCUGGGGCAGAGCAGUAUGGUGUGGAUGAGGCCGUUCUUUCUGCCCCUGCAUUACGUGUCUUGAAACAGCUGGUCCAGAGGUGCCUUGCAGACGCCGUCACAUCUGGGAACGUUUUUGCUGAUGCAUUGUUGCAACAUUUGUAUCGCUGGCUUUGCAGCCCCCAGUCAAAGCUUCAUGACCCAGCACUACAUCACAUACUUUACAGGGUCAUGCAAAAGGUGUUUGCCCUGCUGUUGGCUGAAUUUCGCAAAUUGGGUGCCACAAUCAUAUUCGCAAAUUUUUCUAAGAUUAUCAUUGAUACCGGUAAAUUGAGCAUCUCUACAGCAAAAGCAUACUGUGAUAGCUUGCUCAAAACAUUGCAAACGAGGGAACUGUUUGAAUGGAUUGAGCUUGAGCCGCUGCAGUAUUGGCAUACUUUACUUUUUAUGGAUCAGUAUAAUUAUGGGGGAAUUCCUGCAAAAGUUGAUGGUCUUUCUGAAAAUGACUCACAAGACGAUCAUUCCCAACGAGAAGAAUCUCAAGUGGACAUUGUGUCAAGCUGGAAUGUUGCUGACUACUUGCCGAAGCAAAUUCAGGAUCAUUUUGUGUUGAUUGUCUCUGAGUUCAUGUUCAUUCCAUGGGAUUAUGCCCGAAAGAGAGCCGCAACAAGAGCAUCUCUGCAAGACUCCACUUCUAGCACUCCAUCAAUUAGCAUAGCAGCUGCCGAGUCUUUUGAAUCACUGUUGGCCGAACACCUCAGAGAUAAGAUAGGCACUUACUUCACGGACAAGCUUCUAGGAAUCGUUCGAGAUACUGUCCUUCACAUGAAAGGGACAAACAAGUCUGAAAACAACAAUCAGUCGCCUCCACCUGGUGUUAUGGGCAGGACCCACAUUGGGGAUCCUGCCCUGGAAUUCAUCAAGCAUGUCUGCGCCGUUCUGGCGCUUGACCAGAAUGUUCAGCAUGAGAUUCUGGUGAUGAGAAAGAACCUACUCAAAUAUGUACGGGUGCGGGAGUUUGCCCCUGAAGCGGAGUUUCAUGAUCCACACUCUUCUUUCGUUUUACCUAACGUAAUUUGCAGCUACUGCAACGAUUGCAGAGACCUGGACCUGUGCCGGGACUCAGCUCUACAAUCUCAAGAAUGGCGAUGCCCCAUGCCGCAGUGUGGGCAGCCUUACGACCGAGAAGCGAUGGAGAAUGCCCUUCUCCAAAUCGUGCGGCAGAGAGAGCGUCUGUACCAUUUGCAGGACCUUUUGUGUCUGAGGUGCAACCGGGUGAAAGCUGCACAUUUAGCGGAACAAUGCGGGUGUGCUGGGUCAUACAGGUGCAAGGAGGAUCCAGCCGAGUUUCGAAGCAAAAUGCAGAUAUUAUUCAACGUCGCUCACCAUCAGAAGUUUCAACUCCUCGAAGAGUGCACCUCAUGGAUCUUGGAUGGAUUCAGUAGCUAGGUUCUGUCCACUUGUACUGGUCACCAGAACCAAAAAAUAAAACUGGUGCAUACGUGAUUACAUUCCAUAGGUGCAUCGACGAGGCUCCAUGUACCCUCUGCGGUAUAUUACAUGUAAAUAUUGUAGCAUUCAUGUGUAGAAAAGAGAUGAAUUGUUUACAAAAGAUAUCAUCUAGUGAUGAGAGACGCAGUCGUUCUUUUGGUAAUCAUCUAGAGCCAGAUUCCACUCCUAAUACUCACUUAACCGACUAAAUCAACUGCACAGGU